AUGGAGGGGCGUACCCUACUCCUCGACCAGGCGGCACCCAGCGCGUCCGCCCCUACUGGCCGCUCCGCCUCGCAGGCGACGGGGGACGAGGCCGCGGCUAAAUCCUGUAAAAAAAAGUAUGCGUUUUUCUUUUUCUUUGCAGAAUUAUCAAAAAGGAGCUGUGUCUCAUGCAAUUCAAAGGAUUUACAAGCCAUGUCAGAAGAUUCUGCUAAAACGUUGCUAGAGCAGGUGGCUGGCUGGGAGGUGAAAAAUGAGGGCGACAUUCUGAAAUUGCACAGGGCAUGGAAGGUGAAGAACUUUGCCAAAGGGCUUGAGUUCUUUCAGCUUGUUGCUGCUGUUGCGGAGGAAGAAGGUCACCACCCAGAUCUUCAUCUUGUUGGUUGGAAUAAUGUGAAAAUUGAUGUGUGGACUCACUCAGUCAGUGGUUUAACAGAUAAUGAUUUCAUCCUUGCUGCAAAGAUCAAUGAACUCAAGCUAGGAGGCCUUUUGAGCAAGAAAAAAGCUACUGCCCAGGAGUAG